CGCAAGGGUAGCAGCAGACACUGGACCCUCUGUGAGACAGCAUCGCAAAAGACUAGCUAAUGCAUCUCAGCCCGUCUAGGAGCAGCUCCUUUUUCUGUCUGGCAGCAACCCCUUGAUGGAGCUGACGUUACUAACCAGCAUGAGGUGGCAGUCAAUCUGCUAACAUGGAAAAGUACGAAAAGGUGAAGAAAAUAGGGGAAGGUUCAUUUGGAAAAGCCAUCCUUGUGAAAUCCAAACAGGAUGGACACCAAUACGUCAUCAAGGAGAUUGGCAUAUCUGGAAUGUCAAGUAAAGAGAGGCAGGAAUCUCGGAAAGAAGUUGCUGUUCUUGCCAACAUGAGUCAUCCCAACAUUGUGCAGUAUAAGGAGUCUUUUGAAGAAGGGGGAUGUCUGUAUAUUGUGAUGGACUACUGUGAGGGUGGAGACCUCUUCAAGAAGAUCAACUCUCAGAAAGGAGUACUAUUCUCAGAAGAGCAAAUCCUGGAUUGGUUUGUGCAGAUUUGCCUCGCACUAAAGCACGUCCAUGACAGAAAAAUCCUCCACAGAGACAUCAAAUCACAGAACAUAUUUUUGACCAAAGAUGGGACUGUACAGCUUGGGGACUUUGGAAUUGCAAGGGUGCUGAACAGCACUGUAGAACUGGCAAGAACAUGCAUAGGAACGCCAUAUUACCUUUCACCAGAGAUCUGUGAAAAUAAACCAUACAACAACAAAAGUGAUAUUUGGGCCUUAGGCUGUGUCCUUUAUGAAAUGUGCACUCUUAAGCAUGCAUUUGAGGCUGGCAAUAUGAAGAACCUAGUUCUGAAGAUCAUCCGUGGCUCAUACCCUCCAGUGUCUGUUCACUACUCCCAAGACCUGCGUUUUCUCCUGGCACAGCUGUUUAAGCGCAAUCCCAGAGAGAGACCCUCAGUCAGCAGCGUACUGGAAAAAUCCUUCCUUUCCUGUAGGAUACAGAGGUUCCUCUCGCCACAGAUCAUUGCUCAGGAAUUUCGCCAUGCUUUUAUUCACAAGCAGCCUAAAGUGGGUGUGGUGCAGGGUUCACCAGCCAAGCGUCCUGCCCCUGGUUCCAUACCACUCGCCCCUGCCCAGAAGAUAACAAAACCAGCCACCAAAUAUGGAGUGCCUUUAACUGGGAGGAAGGUGUCAGAUGCAGCCAAAAAGCCCUCAGAGAGGAAACCAGCCAUCAAACAUAAACCGGCCCCUCUCCCAGCAGCCCCCCAGAGAAGAGUGAGUCAAGUGGAGGAAGAGUGGAAAAAAAAAGAGGAUGGCAUCAGAAAGAAAAGGAUGGAGCUGAUUGAGAAAGAAAGGAAACUGAAAGAGCAGGUUAUCCUGUUGAAAGCAGAGCAAAUGAAGAGAUAUGAAAAAGAAAAGAUUAAUCGAAUAAACCAAGCCAGAGAGCAAGGCUGGAAGCAUGUCUUGAGCUCUAGUGGAGGUAGUAGCCCAGAGAGGAAGUGUUUUGUAGGUGGUGGAAAGAGGGGUGCAGGUGCAGGUGCUGGCCCUUGUCCUGUCACAAGCUCCAUUCAGGGUCUCUCCCCAGCCCUUGUCCCAAGCAAAAGCCCAUAUGAACACUACCAUGCUGCUCUUGACCAAAUCUCUAAACCACACUCUAAAGAUGUCAGCAGGGAGGGACCCUCAGCAGGAGGAGACAGUCACAUGCGUGUACCCGCUGCUGCUGGCCCAGUGCUGCCUAACGGCCCUUCCCGGGUCCUGAACUCUGAUGCAAUGAAGAGAGAGCUACAGAGGCUGCAGCACGUUUCCAAACAAGCCCACAUCAGUAGGCAGCGUAGUCACAUGGGUGGUGGACGGGCCUUUCAAGUCGAGGAGUUUUUACAGCGUAAGAGAGAAGCCAUGCUCAACAAAGUGCGUGCUGAGGGACAGCUGGAGUACUUGGCAAGACUGAGGCAGAUUCGCUUGCAGAACUUCAAUGAGCGUCAGCAGAUCAAAGCCCGACUCAGAGGAGAGAAGUAUGACAGCGAUGGUUCUGACAGCCAGGAGUCCAGCGAGGAGGCGGAGCUCAGGAGAAAGAAGAUAGAGGCUUUAAAAGCCCAAGCAAAUGCGCGUGCUGCUGUACUGAAAGAGCAGCUGGAGAAGAAGAGGAGAGAAGCACACGACAGAGAAAAGAGAGCUUGGGAGGAUCAUCUUGUAGCUCGAGGGGUGAAGGUUGGCAUAGCAGCAGGAAACAUAGCUGUGGCGGCGGCAGCAGCAGUAGCAGUAUCAACUACCUCUGACAGUCCUCUUCCACAGCCCAGUCCCGCUAAGCCAGACCCAGCUGCCAAAGCUCCGGCCCUGCCUGCAUCCGAACCCUCCACCCCUGCUAUAUCCAUGACUGCUGCCCUGAAGAAUGUUGGAGCAAUUUCUUCACUAAAAGAGAACCUACCAGAGCCAGAGACUGCUGUCGGCAUCCAGUGUGAGAAAAAGCAGAUUCUGCGCAGACUUAACCAGAACCUAAAAGCCCAGAGCCCAGUGGAGGAGGCGGAGGAGUCACCUCCACCCACUGCAGAACCAAGUCUUGCUCCCCAGCAGACCCAGUCUGACAAAGAUAAACGACCUUCUUCCAACGGAGACCGGAAGAAGUGGGAUGCAGCAGAACUGCCUGUACUUCCUGUGGCACAGCAAACACUAGAGGAAACUUGUGCGACCAUAACUACCAUCUCAGUGUCUCCAGAAGAAAGGCCAUCAUCUGGUGGAGACAGGAAGAAGUGGGAGGCAGGAGUUCCUCUUGUCCUCUCUGAGGCCCAACAAACUCUAGAGGACACAUGCAUCAGGACUAUUGAGCAAACAGUUGGUGAAGUUAUACAGAUGGGCAUCCUACCGGUCGAAGCUCCGAGGAAGGCGUGGGGAAUCAAUCCAGACUCUCAGGUGCUGAGAGUACUUCAGGAGGCAGAAGUUCAGCCUCUCACUCAGCAGCUGGAGAAUGUCAGCAUCUGUGAGGAGGAGUUUUCCAGCCUUGAUAAGCCUGACCAGACGCUGACAGCGGAGGUGGUGAGGACGCCUGAAGAACUUCCCUCUAAGCCGAGGCCGUCUGCCGUGUUUCAGAGUCCAGAGGUUCAGAAGGAGAGUGCAGUUACGACAGAGGCCUCAGUUCAGCAAAUGUCAGUGGUCAGUACAGCGGAAAGAGUGACACUGCCAUCCAACCUUACGGAGACUCAGGAUCCAGCAGACAUGGAGUCAGUGGUUUUGGAAGACAACCUUAAACAGGCUUCCCGUCCACCAACUGGUGUGCAGCAGGCAUGGGAGAAGGAAGCCCAACCGCCAGUACCACCAGGGGGCAUCACAAGACCAUCAGGCACCAAGGAGGUUGAGAAGAGUUCAGAGAAACCAACAGAAUCAUCUGGUGUAGCACAGUGCGAAGAGCCCCUGUUUAUGAAGUUGUGUUCCCCGGCCCACCGACGUGCUGCUGCCCUUGCCAUUCUCUCAGCCCAGUCCUCCAUGGAUGAAUCAUCCUCCUCUCUGACCUCUCGUUCCCGCUCUGUCUCACCUCUGCGCUCCAAACACCACAACGACUUCCUCAUUGGUCUCUCCACGGGCAUGUUUGACUCCAACAAUCCCAAGAUGCUGCGGACAUGCUCUCUUCCAGACCUCAGCCGUAUCUUCAGCUCUCAGCAGGACUCUGCUGUGACUGCGGAGGCUAACGUCGCCCCGGACAACAACCUGGAAAUCGAAGACCUGGACGAGGGAGCUAAAGAUGACGACCAGUCAGAGGCCGAGGAUGCAUAUGAGGAUGAAGACCUCCGGGACAUCAGAGCCUCCAUGGAGAGAUUGCUGCAAGAAGAGGGCGACUUAAUGAGGAGCCCUCCAGAGGUCGGAGCUGGAGACUUUAAUGGGAACCCUCCAGAGGGCGAAGAUCAAGAGCUUUUCAACAGGAUCGCAGCUGAGAUCGAGCAGGAAAACAAUCAGAUGGCUGUGGACGAUGACGACGAGGACGAAGACGAAGAGGAGGAAGAGGGCGAGGAGGAGGAUGAGGAUGAGGAUGAAGAAUACUCUAAUGGGAGUCCUGGUGAUGAGGAAGCGGGGGAGUUGCUUAGCAAUGGUGUGGGAGAAGAGAACCACAGUAAUAACAGCCAGCUCAAUGAAGAGUGGCAUUCAGAUGGCAGUGGAGAAGAACAGGUGGAAGAGGCCGAGCAUCAUGAUAGCAUCUUCAGUCGCCUGGAAGAGCUUCGCUUCAACCUGGAGCAGCAGAUGGGCUUUGAGAAGUUCAUUGAGGCCUACAAUAAAAUUAAGGCUAUACAUGAAGAUGAAGAUGAGAAUAUUGACCUGGGCUCCAGUUUGGUCUUGAGCAUUUUGGGAACUGAGCACCAGCAUCUCUAUCCAAACAUCCUUCAUCUAGUGAUGGCAGAUGGCGCAUACCAAGAAGAUAAUGAUGAAUAAUGUUUCGUGCAGUGGAGCUGCUGGCAGCUAUGACAAUCUGCUAGCUAUCUGAUGUCUUCCCAUGACGCACAUCAUCGGCAGAAGGAUCUAUGCAUGAAGUGUCGCAGCCAUGCAUCUAACAGUGUUUCAGGCACACUUGCAUGAUGAAUAGCUAGUACACUUGAGGCUGCUUUCCAUACUUUGACUAUCAGCACCUGACACUGUUUCCAUACCGGUGUUCAUUCAAAAGUGCAUUACCUAGUAUGUGUUGCUAUUAUAAAAAAAAAAAGAAGAAAAAGUUUAACUUCAAGGUUCUGUUCAACGUUCAUGUCAGUGUCUGUAAAUGAUUGGAAACCCAUGUGUUGUCUCGCUAAUUAAUAGCAUAUAAACCCUGUUGUGGUUCACUUAAGACUCCACAGUGGCAUUUGAUUUUCAGUGGGAAAAGAUCUGGUCCUCUCAGGUGCUCUCUUUCUAACUGUCACACCCUCAAACACAGCUUCAGUAGAUAAACCAGGUCACCCCAAAAGCAAAUGUACCACGAGUACUCCUAACCGGUCGAACCUCCUUUUUCUUACAACUCUUUACACCAAACAGGAAGUGAAAUAUUAUCUAUAACAUUUUCCACAUUUCUUACUGUUUCAGUUCAUCCAAAGGGAAGAUUUUUGUGAGGCUGCUUUACGUUGCCAAGAUACUGUAGCAAGACUGUGGCUUUAGAGUGGUGGGUGGGAUGCAGUGGGCCAGGUCAGGCUUAUGUUCAGUGCAGAGAGUUGCAAUUAUGAUGUAAGCAAUGGUACAGAUAAGUUAACAAUAAGUCAUGUUUGAUAAUAAAAUGAAUAUUGUAAAUCUUUAUAUGAAUAAACACCUUC